AGGGCUAUUUUUAGUAUGGCAGUAUGUGUACGUUUGACACGUUUGUGUUGUCGACGUAAAGAGUGUUACGUUCAAACUACGGCUUGCGUCACAAAAUACUUCCGGUCAUCAAGAAUGGGGAAUUUUACAUCCUCCACUACUAGGGGUCUGUCAAAUGCAGCCUGUGCACAGUAUGUUCAGGAAGAGGUGUCACAAAACUGUGUUGUGAUAUUUUCCAAGACCACUUGUCCUUAUUGCACAAUGGCCAAGAAUGUAUUCAACGAAAUUGGUGCAAUCUACAAAGUGAUUGAACUGGAUGAGCACAACGAUGGGACGAGGUUGCAGGAGGUCUUAGCUCAGAUGACCGGUGCCAGAACAGUGCCGAGAGUCUUCAUUAAUGGAAACUGCAUCGGGGGCAGCUCUGAUACAAAACAGCUGCACCAGCAGGGCAAGUUAGUGCCCCUGAUUGAACAGUGUGCACCCUGCUGUACUGCGAACAGCUCUGAAGGCUCGGGCAGUGGACAGUUUGCAUCUGCUAAAUGACUAACCGUUUUUCUAGUUUUCUGUAACCCUGUAUUUAUUACUGUAAGUAUGUUAUUUGUUUCAUACUAAAAGUUGUACAUUGCUUAAGAACGGCAGUGUUAUUUAUUUAUCAAAGAACACACAAUUAUGUUCAA